AUGCUGGCCGGCGCACUCUGCCGCUUGGCAGCCGACGUCCCCAGGGCGUCCCCACACAAUGUGCCGCAACUCGCACGCCACCUCGAGCGCGUGCUCGUUAUUCGCAGCGCCGCUGAAUCCUCCCCCGCCCGCGCCUCGUCGCGCGCCUACGCGUAUGCCCGCUCCUAUGCUACGACUACACGCGCAACCAAGCCCACGGCCACGGUGAAGAAGGCGGUCAAGGCGGCCGCAAGCGAAAAGACCCCGCCAAAGAAGAAGAAGGCUGCGCCGGCAAAGACGACUGCAAAGAAACCAGCAGCCAAAAAGACAAAGAAGAAGCCAGCAGCCAAGAAGCCAGCGGCCAAGAAGGCGGCCCCGAAGCGUGUGAAGAAGGUACUGACCGAGGAAGAAAAGGAGAAGGCCAAAAUCCGUGAGCUGCGCGCAAAGGCCUUGAAGGAGCCCGUCGGGCAGAGGCCGGUCUCGGGCUACAAUGUCUUUGUUGCUGAGCUCCUCAAGGGCAAGCCAAGAGGUAGCGAGACUCAAACGGCUAAGAUCACAAAUGCUACUAAGGAAUUCAACAACCUAUCACCUGCACAGCUCGAGCACUACAACCACCUUGCCAACGAGCAAAGUGCCGCAAGGAAGGCCGAGUUCGACAAAUGGAUCCAGUCCCACACCCCGGAACAGAUCCGCAUUGCCAACCUUGCUCGCGCCCAGCUGCGCAGGAGAUUCGCCGGCAAACAGAAGGGUAACCCCGCCUACACUGCCAAACUACACGAUCCCCGCCGCGUCAAGGCCGCGCUGAACCCCUACGCCUUGUUCUUCCGAGCCAGACACGCCAGCGGUGACUUCAAGGGCAUCUCCGCUGUCGAUGCCUCCAAGCUCAUUGGUGCUGAGUGGAAAGCAUUGAACGAGAGUGAGAAGCAGAAAUAUCACAGCGAAGCCAACGCUCUAGCUACCAAGCAGUAA